AUGUCCGAAAAACCUACCAUUCUUCACCUUGGAGAUCCUAUUGAAUUCAACAAAGAGCUUUACGCCGAAAUAGCCGAUAGCUAUACAGUAAUCCGCCCUUCACUCGAAGAGCGUCAGCGACCUGCUUUCUCGCAAGCUCUGGAAGAGAAGAAAUGGGGCGAUUUCCAAGCUAUCUUCCGUCCUUUCUGGAACACUGGCGGGGAGAUGGGUCGAUGGAACUCGGAAUUGAUUCCACUGCUUCCCGCGGCAAUGAAGGUUUUUGCGAGUGCAGGUGCUGGUUAUGACUGGGUGGACGUAGAUAUCAUGGCUAAGCAUUGUGCGAAACACUACCGCAGUGAAGCAAUUUUCCACAUUAUAUCCGUCUUCCGAAACAUGCAGUGGUCCAUGGAUGGAGCUCGCUCCGGUGAUCCCCAUCUUUGGCUCGAGGCUCACCAGAACACCGCAGCAACGGCACACAACCCGCAAACACAGACGCUGGGCAUCAUCGGCCUUGGGAAUAUUGGAUAUACAAUUGCCCGCAAAGCUCACGCCUGCUUUGGAAUGAAGAUAUACUACCAUGAUCUGUACCGAAAAUCUACCGACCAGGAAUCAGCUGUCAAUGCUACAUUUUGUCCCUUGCUAGAUAAUGUCCUGGCGGUGUCAGAUUGCGUUGUCUUGGCCACUCCAUUCGGAGGCUCAAAGCUUAUCACUAGGGAAACUCUGGCUAAGUUCAAAAAGGGUGCGAAGUUCGUCAAUAUCGCCCGAGGAACCCUAGUAGAUGAGGACUCUUUGGUCGAGGCUGUGAAAUCAGGGCAAUUAUCAGCUGUUGGCUUGGAUGUUCACGAGAACGAGCCUAACGUGAACAAAGAGUUGGCCAGAAUGAGGAAUGUCACACUUACUGCUCAUACUGCUGGUGGUACCGCAGAGACCCAAAUUGGAUUCGAAAGACUUUCUAUGGAAAACGUGCAGCGCGUCUUGAAUGGCCAAGAACCACUAACACCGGUGAACAAGCAUCUAUUCCCGAAAUGA